CCUCCUCCAUUUGCUGGCGGUACAGAGAACCUUGAGAACCUUCCGGGUGAAGACAAGCACCUCGAGGCACGAAAGCUCAGGAGAGAGGUACAGAGAUAGAGGGGAAGGCAGGGCAGGGUGAGCUGAGGGAGGCCAUGAAGUCCAACCGGAACCUGUCGAGGGGGGAGGGGAGGAGGCUGGGGAACGUGGCACUCAUAGCCUUCAUGCUGGGAUCCCUCCUGCUGCUGUCCCUCAUCAGGGUCAGGUUCUCCCCGAUUGGCAAAACAGGGGAGGCCAUCAAAGCAGAGGAGCAGCAGGAAAUGAGGAAAGAGAGCAUCAAGAUGGAGACCCUUGAUGAGACUGCAGCUUCAGCUGCAGAGGAGGAGACUCAGCCCAAGCCCACCGAUAACUCAGGCAGCAGCGGGGGCGGCGUUGGCAGCGUAAGCAGCACAGCCCUUGCCGCUGGGGACGAGCAUCUCAGUCUGAGCAAGCCGGUGUGCUACGAGUCGAGCCGCCGCUCGGACACUUGCGAGGCCGCCGGCGACGUCCGCGUGCAGGGGCGCAUCCAGACCAUCCACGUCGGCCCGCUGGAGCAGGAGUGGAAGGUGAAGCCGUACUGCCGGAAGCACGACGCGUUCGCGCUUUCCCACGUCAAGGAAUGGGCGCUCCGGCCCCUCCCCGGCGACGCGCCGCAAUGCACGAUCAACAGCUCGGCCACCGCGUUCGUGCUCUCCACCGGCGGCUUCACGGGCAACCUGUUCCACGACUACACGGACGUGCUCAUCCCGGCGUUCAUCACCGCGCACCGCUACGCCGGGGAGGUGCAGUUCCUGGUGAGCAGCUUCAAGUCGUGGUGGACCAACAAGUACCUGCAGAUCUUCCAGCAGCUGAGCAAGCACGAGGUCGUCGACAUCGACAACGAUGAUGAGGUCCGGUGCUACCCGAGCGUGGUGGUCGGGCCGACGUUCCACAAGGAGCUCGGCAUUGACGCGUCCAGGACGCCGGGAUCCUCCUCCAUGGUGGAGUUCCGCGCGAUGCUGCGCGGCGCGUUCGGGCUGGAGCGCGCGACGGCCACGCCCAGCAGCGACCGGUGGGACAUCCGGCGCCGGCCCCGGCUGCUGAUCAUCUCGCGCCGGAGCUCGCGCCGGUUCCUGAACGAGCGCGCCAUGGCGGACAUGGCCAUGAGCCUGGGGUUCGACGUGCGCGUGGGCGACCCGGACGUGAGCACGGACGUGUCCAAGUUCGCGCGGCUGGUGAACUCGGCGGACGUGAUGGUGGGCGCGCACGGCGCCGGCCUCACCAACAUGGUGUUCCUCCCCGCGGGCGCCGUGCUCAUCCAGGUGGUGCCCUACGGCGGGCUGGAGUGGCUCGCGCGCGGCACGUUCAAGGAGCCGUCGGCGGACAUGCAGAUCCAUUACCUGGAGUACAUGAUCCAGCUGGACGAGACGAGCCUGAGCGAGCAGUACCCCAAGGAUGACCCGGUGCUCAAGGACCCCAACUCCAUCCACAAGCAGGGAUGGAACGCGCUCAAGACGGUGUAUCUGGACAAGCAGAACGUGAAGCCUCACUUGGGCAGGCUCAAGAAUACGUUCAUGGAGGCGCUGAAGCUGCUGCCCCAUGGACAGAGCGACUAGGUUUUGCGCAGCGCAGCUGAUUGAUCGUGGUUGAAAAAGCUGCCAAGACCACCAAGUUGUGUUAACAUGCGAGUAGAUAGGUAGGGGUUGAUGGUGCUGGUACGUGGUGGUAAUCUUUUCAUUUGUUCUGUUCCUUUGCCUUUAACACAAGGCUGAGUUCUUUGUCUGUACAAAUGCAUUGUAGGAUGCAUUCUGCUGGUGUUCAUUGCAGCAUAACUCUACAGAAUGUAGUGAAUAGGAUGGGUUCUCAGAAUCAGAAUGGAGGGGAUUGCACGGGUAUCGUAGUUGAGUGUACGAACAGCAGAAUACGAGAUGCAGACAGCAGAAUACGGUAUUCAAUAUUCAGCUCAGCAACAAAUCUUCCUUGAAA